AUGCUGGACAACUCUAUCAAGGAGCAGAAGGAGAUCACCAUGCUGGAGGCAGCCGCCCUGGAGGCCGCUGCGCGGAUGCCGGUCGACCCGUCCACAGUCGCCUGUGCCUUCUCCAUAGGCUCCUUCUGCCUGCUGGCACGCUCCGCGCCCCCGGCGCCCAUCUGCGGCUGCCAGUGCGACUGCGGGUCCCCUGGCUGGUCCACCGCCCAGCUGCUCGCCGUCGCGGUGGGGCAGCUCGUGACGGGCUGGUGCGCGGCCCGCUGGUGGACGCCGCCGAGACCGUCGUCUCCGUUCGUGGUGGCCGCGGGCCUGGAGGCGACCAAGCAGCUGACGCUGCCGGCAGGAGCUCGCGGCAGGCUUGAAGGCGGAGCUCCGCCGCUCGCCUGA